UUUACUCAAAACUUCAAUUUUGUGCUGUAUUGGCCAUUCUCAAAGAAAAUGUUACACCCCUGCACCACGGUGAGGUUACAACAUGCACAGGGGUGCAAGGCGAGGUGAUGCAAAAAGUGGAGCAUAUAGCCAUUUUAGGGACUAUAUCUUUGAGAAGACUGGUGAAAAUUUGCACUUAGAGCCUUUCCAUGGAAAUAGAUUCAACAUCCUAUUUAUGAAUGCUGGCAUGAUCUUCUUCUACAAAGAUUAUAUCAUGGAUUUCUUGGAGACUACAAUGAAGGAAAGGAACAGACUAUUGCAGUCUGUUCUUGAUGAUGUCAAAGUUCCUGAAUACAUUGCAGCUACUAAGGCUCUAGGGCUUAUAGAAAAAUUUAUCACAACACCACUCUGGAGAGUAAUUGAGUCUAAAUGUCACAUCUUAGACAUGAAUGGCUAUUAUCUCAAUCUUAUGAAGUUUCUGGAAGAAGCAUCCAAAGAUGCAGGACCAUUCCUUUUGGGUGAACAUGUCCCGUUCCCUACACGUUACAAUCUCCAAAGAUGCUGCAGCUCAUGGGGAUGAUACCUUUGAAGAUGAGAUGGAGAGUGACAAGAAAACAAAUCCAAAAUGGGGAGGGGCUGUUCUGAAGGCUCUGAUGGCUGAAACAAACGUGGAUGAUAAAGUUAUUCAAAUUCUUCAGCUUGUCUUUCCUGCAUGGGCCUUAUACCUGCAAAAGGCUGUGAAGGCACACCUUCCAGGUGGAGAACAUGACAAUCCAUCUGAAGAAAAAAGAGCAAAGACCACUUCUGUUCCUAAGUAUAAUAAAUUCUCAGAGGCUUUCUUUAGAAUUCUCCACAAUCUCACUACACAGAGACCGAAUGCAUCCAUACUUGCCAAUGAAGCAUACAUUGUUUUUUCACUGAACAGAACUCUGCAAUGGAUUUGUGAUAAAAUGCUGCAAGAGAGAAAUAAGCUGGUGAAAAGAGCUCGGAAGCUGAGUAGGCGAUUACAGCAGAGGUUCAAGAUGAGGAAAGAAGAAAUUAGGCGAAAGAGAAUAGAGGCGAUGAACAGAGCAAGAGAAGUCAUUGCCAGAAAUAGACAGAGACAGUUGAAGGAAAAAGAACAGCUUACAAAUGAUAUUGUGUUCUAUGGUCUGUGGCAAAGUGAGGAAGAAGUGCACACCAAUGCAAAAUCCUUCAAAACAAAGAAAGAGUGGCAAAAAGCAUUUGCAGCACAACUGAAAUUCAGAAAAUUUGUACUGAAGCAGGAACAUGAAGAUAAAACCGUGUUCAACUUGUCAAAAGACAGAAAGGACUAUUCCCAUAUACACAGAUACAAGAGAAUCUUAUCAAGCUGAUAAGCUUCACAUUUGCUCCAACAAAAACAGAGGCUGAUGUCAUUAACAGGGGGUCCCUUGUUGGUAGGAAAACGAGUGACACAUUCUUUUGAAGAGGAUGGAGAACUAACAACAUACAAAGGCAGAGUGAUAGACACAGUGCGUGGAUUCCCCGAAUGGUACAUCACCUAUGACUCACAACUUUCCAUUGUAUACACAUACAAGCUACAGGAAGACUAUGCUAGAGGAGAUUUAAGAUUGGAUGGUGAGACUGAAGUUGGAAUGACAGUUUUGGCCUAAGGAAUGACAGUUUUAUUGGCCGAUUCAUCUUGAUUUCUGUCGUGAUUUAUUAACAACAAACCAAUGAAAACCAAAUCAGUUUUGUGCAUUUUUUGUUAUGAUUAUUUUGCAUGAUAGAGACCAUUCCAUCUUCAGUUAGUUCCGUUUCAUGCUGUUUUAUAGUUAGAACAUUAUGUCUCUUUUGUAAUAGUCUAAAUUUGAAAGAAAAUGGAAUGGUUUCUCUCUCUACCUCACAUUAAAUUACCAGUUAGAUAGCAGUUUUACUAACCUUGUUUAAAUAUUAACUUUAUUUGGGGGGGGGGGGGGGGUGUUCAGCAAUGUUUAACAUGCAGUAGAUUUAGUUCUGCAUGAAUGUGACGUCAUUGUCUAGCAUGUGGUACAACUUUAAUGGAUGUCCAAUUGUCUAUAGUACAGUACAUGCAUAUGUGUUUCAUAUACUUUUCACUUUUCAGAACUUCAAUUUCUUGGUAACCAAGUAACGUUAAAUUCUAAAUAUAAUCAUACUUUGUUCAUCACUUCAUCAGUGAAUAUUAUUGUUAAAAGUAGUGAACAAUUAAUUAGUUGUAAAAGACAAUAAACUGUAAAGUAGAUGAGAUUAGUAUAUUUAAUGCAGUGAACAUUUUGUUCAGUAUAGGAUUGCAAGUUUCAGAUAUAGCUACACAAUGCUGAAACAUUAAACAGUAGUUGCUAAUCAAUUCUUAAAUUGAUAGCACUGUCACUAAUAAAAUGCUUUAAAGCAAAAUGGUCCCUGUAGUAAUUAUUAAUUUUGUUUUCUGAUUUAUUUUACAGUUGAGACUACUUGAACAUCAGCAAAGGAAUAACAGAUUACCCCACAGUGACACGUUCUGACCUGAGAGGAAAUAUGUAGUCUAUGGAGAAACCUCUGGUAACAUAGAUUCAGUUCUACUUCGAUGUUGCCGUUAUGUCAAACAGUUGAAAUGAUGAUGAAACUACAGCAUUCGUGUUACAUUUUUUAUUUUAACUUUGCUUUGUAUGUAAUACCGGUAUGUCUAGAUAGCAUUUAGCAAUGCUUGUGUUUUCACCUACUGGUUUAGAAUUAGUCAGCCAAGUUGUUCAAGUGUUCUAAUUAACAUUAGCACCACAUUAUCUCACCAAGAUGACAGUAAAUUUGUAUCUUCAAACUGCAUAACAAUAUGCAAGUGUCAAGCCAACUUCAGAGUAAUUAAAAGUAUCAGUUUCGGUAUCGAACUAAUUGUGACUACUUGGUAUAAACAGUAUUUGCUUACAAUGGGGCUUAACUUACAGUGUUUAACAAUUUGUGUGAAUGCAUAAUGCAUAACUAAGUAAUUUGGUUGCGCUGACAGGGUCGAAAUGUAUUAAAAACGACUAUUGAGACCGACCGUAAUGUGCAAUAGUGGGGUGGUCUUACAAUCAAGGUGGUUGUUAUGUGGGCUUUCACUUUAAUACAUGAUCAUAUUUGUACCUUUUGGGUAUUAUUUGCUACUAUUUUAUUUUUUGACUGAACAUUAACAAGUUUGAUAUUGAUUUACCUCCGCAUUUUGUUCUAAUGGUUGUGCAUUGUACAAAAAUAGGAAAAUGACAGUGUAUAUGGCAUUCUUAAAUUAUGGUUACAGUUUGUCCGAUUGUAAUGACUUCCAAUUAUCAUGGUCACUGUGAUUAUUCAUACAUUUGAAUUUCAUUCAACAAAUAUACAUUUGUGAGACUAUUUGACACUUGAAGGAGUACUUCUAAAUAUAGUUAGUAUUUUUUUUGAUCAUGUAAAUGUUGUUUUUGGAUAUUGUAAAUUUUGUAAAUUUCA